GGAAGUUGUUGUUUGUGUUUUGGUUCUAAAAGGGAAGUAGAGAGAAGAGACAGAGCAAAGAAAGGGGACGAGUUCGGAGCUGGUAAUUAAUGUCCACUCACUGUAACGUCCCAGAGAAACACGCAAUUAUCCCCACGUCACGUGUCACAACUGCGUGUCUGCUGUCAUCCAGCUCUUCCUGUAGCAGUACAGAGUGAGUGUUCCUGAAGAGAAGGGGACCUUCAGCUGUCAUGGCCAAUCGGGGAGCGGCGACUCGGCCCAGCGGUUCCAAUGCGGCCAAUAAGAUCUGCCAGUUCAAACUAGUGCUGCUGGGAGAGUCUGCAGUGGGCAAAUCAAGUCUCGUGCUGCGUUUUGUUAAGGGCCAGUUCCAUGAGUUUCAGGAGAGUACAAUAGGAGCGGCCUUCCUGACACAAAUGGUGUGCCUGGAUGACACGACAGUGAAGUUUGAGAUUUGGGACACAGCCGGGCAGGAGCGCUACCACAGCCUCGCCCCCAUGUACUACAGAGGAGCUCAGGCUGCUAUUGUGGUCUACGAUAUCACCAAUGAAGAGUCAUUUGCGAGAGCAAAGAACUGGGUGAAGGAGCUCCAGAGACAGGCCAGUCCAAACAUCGUCAUCGCUCUGUCUGGAAACAAGGCUGACCUCGCCACUAAGAGAGCAGUAGACAUCCAGGAAGCACAGUCUUACGCAGACGACAACAAUUUGCUUUUCAUGGAGACAUCGGCCAAGACCUCCAUGAACGUGAACGAGAUUUUCAUGGCUAUCGCUAAAAGAUUGCCGAAGAGUGAGCCACAGGCCGCUGGAGCUGGCAGCGGGGGCAAUCAGCCUGUGAUACUCACCGACCUGGCACCACCCUCCAGAGUGCACUGCUGCUAACUAAUCUCAAACAAAACAUCUCAAACACCCACCAAGCUAUUAGCAAUCCAACUAAUGCAAGCCCUCGCCCCACCUCAGACUUGUUUAUGACUGUAACUAAUGUCAUGCCCUGCUCUGUUCCAUUGCAUAACCCAGUGGUCAGCAGCGAGAGAAAUUCAGUCCUAUCCCUCUGCAUUCUUCCACUGCUCUGUCUUCUAAUGGUUCUAGCUUACAGUCAAACAUUACGUUAUGCUUUCACAUUAGAAACCCUUUAUUUUUUUCCCUUAUGCCUUAAGCAAAAGGGGCGGGACCUGAUAGUUAUAGACUCUGUAGUCUCGAUUUCUCAAACAGGGUCUUUCUUUUCUGUUGCCUUUUAUUAAUUAAUUUUAAGAAGUAUUUUGCAGAUUAACGAAUGCACGUUUCACUACAAGGCUUAAACAUGAAUCAGAAUGUUACAUUGUUCAGUGGCACAAGCAGAGAGGACGAGACUAUUUCUUUCCCUUCCCAAAGCUUCCUGCAGUAUGUUGUCCACACGGUUCAGCUCCAUGUCUACAUGCCUCAACGGCAAUGUACAAUUAUUUACUGCACAAAAUAUUUUAAUUCUACUGCCUAAAAACUCUUGAUAACAUCUUUUUCACACACUCACUCACACACACACACACACACACACACACACACAUGCAGAUGGCGUACUGAAGAUUCUAUUGCCACACACUCUCUACCCUGACCAGGGCUUUACUGAUUUGUGUGUGUGUGUGUGUGUGUGUGUGUGUGUGUGUGUGUGUGUGUGUGUGUGUGUGUGUGUGUGUGUGUUUGAAAAAGAUUUUUACACUUUAACAGAUAGUAAAAUUUAUUUUGCACCCAAAUUUUGUCCUCUUUUAAGUAUACUGGUAGAAUAGUUGUCUCCGGUACCCUCUCUUUAUCAGACAUCAGUCUCAUCCUGAUGACGGAGACUCUGCCUGUCUCUCUGGUCUUAUGACACAUGCCUUGCACUAAUUUUGUGAAUAUAUCUGCUAUCUGCUCUGUGUCUGUGUGUCUGUCUGUGUGUCUGUCUGUGUGUCUGUCUGUGUGUUUGUCUGUGUGUGUUUGUUUGUUUGUGUGUGUGUGUGUGUGUGUGUGUGUGUGUGUGUGUGUGUGUGUGUGUGUGUGUGUGUGUGGUUAUUACAUACAUUAACACUUACAUCCUAUGAAGGGAAAUAAGUAUUUGGACAUUCAGACACUUUUGUGCUAUUUAAUAUAAUUUAAGUGCAAAUAUCCACCUCAGCCUUAAACCCAGGCUAACGUUUGACUUUAUACUUUGUAUAUAUUACAGCACAGAGAAAUAUUAGAGAAACAAUCGUUUUAACAAACAGGUCUGUUUAACCUGUACGUUAUACAGUAGCUCUUUAGAUUUAUCCCUUUGAGUGAUAUUCAGUAAUGUUGCCCCUGAGAACUCUUAUUGCUUAGGCUUGGGAUCGGCACUGAGAGUUAAUCCCUCAGUGGCUGGAUUAGUUCCCUGCCCAAGAAUCAAACCUGGGCUGCAUCCAUGAGAGCGUGGGAUUCUGCUGCUGUUCCACCAAGGGGUCAAAAGUCAUGUGGAAAUAUUCACUGUAAAUAUAAAUACAGCAAAACGGUGUCCAAUUAUUUUUUUUACCCUUUGUGUGUGUGUGUGUGUGUGUGUGUGUGUGUGUGUGUGUGUGUGUGUGUGUGUGUGUGAAUUUACUGUAAAUAGGGUGUUGCAGUGUACUCAAAUUUUCCAUUUACUGUUACAGAACUAAUGCAUAAUAAGGACAUGGCAUUGUUUAGAUAAUCAUUAAAACAAAAAACUGUACAGUAACCAGAAACUGUUUUGAAUAGAGGUUUGGACUCAAUGUUUCUUUUUUCCAAGAAAUUGUUCUUUUGAUGACGAUCUGAUAAAUGUACAGUAUGUAGUGUUAUUAACAAAAUAAGAGAAACACAUUUCUGGUG